ACCUAGUUUUCUAUAAAUCCGCUUUCCAAUCCUUAUCUUUUCAAGACACUCUAGCCAGUCUAAGAAGAAGGGAAAUGGGUAGAGCUAUGUUUUCAAUCUCUUUCAUCAUCCUCCUCCUUUCUAGCUUUGGCCAGAGUCGUUUGGUGACAGAGAUGUCAGGCGAUCUAGUCUCCGACGGAAUCCGCUUCCUUCCUCGAACUCCAUAUCUGGAUCUGGAACAACCAACGUCGCUGGCAGCAUGCGAUCAGACGUAUGGAUUCAUGCCAUGCUCGAGCACUGUAAUAGGCAACAUAUUUCUGGUGGCCGUCUAUGGUUACUUGAUGUACAUCGCCGCUAAUUACAUCUCAACCGGUUGCGAGCUUCUUCUUGAAGUCCUCGGCCCUGGGCUGGUUGGCGGCCUCUUCCUCCCCGUCCUUGGCGCUCUUCCUGAUGCUAUACUGGUUCUUGUGUCUGGACUUUCUGGAAGUAAAGAAGCUGCUCAGCAUCAGGUCUUGAUUGGGAUGGGCUUGCUUGCGGGGUCGACCGUCGUCCUCCUGACGUUACUGUGGGGCACUUGCAUCAUUGUCGGCCAAUCUGAGCCUUCAACUUCAACUGAACCUCUAGAAAGAAAACCAUCUAGAUUAACUGGGUGUGGGGUCACUACUGAUGUGUGGACAAGCCAUGCUGCGAAGAUAAUGGUCCUAUCUGUGCUUCCCUUUAUCAUCAUCCAGCUACCAAACGUUUUCAACAUGCCUUAUGAAAGCGGCACUGCCAUCUUGAUUUCUCUCAUUGCUUCUGUUAUCUUACUACUUUCCUACUGCCUCUAUCAGGUCUUUCAACCAUGGAUUCAAAGGAGAAGACUAGCAUAUGUAAAGCACACACAUGUAAUAUCAGGAAUUUUAAGACAUUUCCAAAGGGAUGGGCUUGGCAAGCUCCUCACAGAAGACGGUCAACCUGACUUUACUGUCUUAAGGAAAAUAUUUCAUGGAAUAGAUCAGGACUCAAAUGGACUUUUAUCAGCUUCGGAAUUAAGGGCGUUGAUCAUUGGAAUCCAACUUGAAGUGAUCGAUUUGGACAUGGACGAUGCUGUGAAGAAAAUAAUGGACGAAUUCGAUGUAUCGGGUGAUGGUCAUCUCAGUGAGGAUGAGUUCCUUAAAGGAAUAUCAAAAUGGCUUGAGGAGGCUCAGCGGGCCGUGCCUAAUUCACGGACUCGAAUGCAAAACUUCCUACAUGACUUUCACAUUAUAACGAAGGAAGAGCAUGAUAAGCUGGUCGAUCAAAGCGAUGAGGUUGUAGAGUCCGUCGCUAAUUCAGGAUGGAUUUGUUUCAGAGCGGUGUUACUAUUACUGCUGGGGACUGUUAUUGCUGCAGCAUUUGCAGAACCACUUGUGCAUGCUGUCGAUGAUUUUUCCACUGCCACAACCAUACCUUCUUUCUUCAUUGCAUUCCUCUUGUUGCCACUGGUUAGCAACACCAGUGAGGCUGUCUCAGCAAUCAGUUUUGCUAGCCGGAAGACACAAAGAUCAUCUUCCCUAACAUUCUCUGAGAUCUAUGGUGCGGUGACAAUGAAGAAUACUCUUUGCCUGGCUGUCUUUUUAGCCCUUGUCUACAUACGGGGAUUGACAUGGACGUUCUCGGCCGAAGUGCUGAUCAGCCUCAUCGUAUGUGUCGUAGUGGGCCUCUUCGCCAGCUUCCGGACCAAAUUUCCACUUUGGACAUCUGUAGCAGCUUACGCGCUGUACCCAUCAUCACUGGCACUUGUUUAUGUUCUUGACUAUGUGGCCGGGUGGUCAUAGAUCUUAAAAUUGCAAUUGGAAUCACUGUAAUUCCGUUGGGUAUUUUUGAUGUUGUUCAGCUAGAUUAUUCAAGAUAUUUCCUUUUUCUCCCACUUAUUUUUCUCUACUUUGAAGUUUGAACAUUAGUAAGUGGCUCGAAGAAUCGAAUAUUUGGGUGUAUUUAUCAUAUUUGAUGAGAAUUUAAUCCUGUUUAGAGUCUAAACUCUUAUGAUAUUUAGAUACUUUGAU